AUGGCUAGUCCCAAAAACGAUAGCGUCCUCUCUAAGAAACGGCCGCCCCCCAAUGAUACUACUGUCGCCUCCCCAGUCAGUAAUAAUUUAACGCAUGAUGGGCGCAAAAGACAGAAGAAACACAAUCUCAGCAACCUCAGGGUUACUGCUGAUAGUAGAGUUUUAAGUGCCCCCGAUCAGUACAAGAAGCCGCCCGGCCCAGUGAUCGAUUCUGGAGAUCCUUUAACCAAAAUUAGAACUCGCCAAGCAGACAGUCAAGAACAGGCCGCCCUACGCCUAGAAAAGAUGCAAGGUGCGGUGCGAACUUUGCUAGAGUGCAUCGGCGAGGAUCCUGGUCGUGACGGCCUGCUGGAUACACCUUCGCGUUGUGCCAAGGCAUUGAUGUUCCUAACCAAGGGUUACCAUGCCAAUGUGGAAGAUAUCGUGAAUAAUGCCCUGUUCCAUGAAGGCCAUAACGAGAUGAUGCACAUCGGUUACAUCCCCUCCAAUACCGUUAUUGGCCUCUCAAAGCUUCCUCGAGUCGCCGAAAUAUUCUCUCGUCGCUUGCAGAUCCAAGAGCGCCUGACGAAGGAGGUCGCCCGUGCCAUUAUGGACAUCCUCAAGCCUCAAGGUGUUGCCGUCGUCAUGGAGUCUAGCCAUCUGUGCAUGGUGAUGCGUGGCGUUGAGAAGACCAGUGCCACAACUCUGACAAGCUGUAUGCUGGGAUGUUUCGAGCAGAAGAGUAAGACGCGAAAUGAGUUCAUGCAUCAUGUCGGAAUGAAUCGAUAA